AUGCCUGGCAAGAUCAAUAGCUUCGUAUCCAGCCCACGUGCUGCCCUUGACAAGGCACUGACUGGAUUCCUUGCUCUGCACCCAGCGCUGCGGUGGCAUAAGGAUCAUAAUGUUAUAUAUAGGGGCGACAAAGAUAGGCAAGAUCGCGUGACGGUAUUAAGUGGAGGAGGUUCUGGCCACGAGCCUGCUCACGCUGGCUAUGUAGGCGAAAGGAUGCUCGAUGCAGCCGUAUGCGGCGCAGUAUUUGCAUCCCCUAAUGCUCUGCAAAUCGAAUCAGGGCUAAGGCUCAUCCAAUCUCCGCGUGGAGUUCUUAUAAUUGUAAAGAACUACACCGGAGACAAGCUAAACUUCACACUCGCAGCAGAACGCUUUCGCUUCGCGUCAGGGGUCCCGGUAAGGAUCGUCGUCGUCGCUGACGAUGUAUCCAUAAGCCGCACAAACUCUGCUUUGGUGGGGAGGAGAGGCCUCGCAGGAACGGUGUUGGCUCAUAAAAUUGCUGGAGCCGCCGCCCAUGCCCGUCUGAGUUUAGACGAGGUAGCGGAUGCAGUCGAAUUUUCGCUUGCGAAUAUGGCUACUAUCGGCGUAGGUUUAGACUCCUGCAGCUUACCAGGUCAAAGUCACCAGUCUCGGUUGGAACCAGAUGAGAUAGAACUCGGGAUCGGAAUCCACAAUGAGCCCGGUAGCAAACGCCUAAAGCCUCAACCUACGUUAGAGGCGUUGGUGGGAGAUAUGCUGCGCAACAUACUGGACGCUAAUGAUGAAGAAAGGGGUUAUCUUAAGGAGCCGCCGUGCGCGGCCGACCACGAUAUUGUCUUGUUGGUAAACAACCUCGGCGGCUUAUCGAUGCUUGAAAUGGUAGUGAUAACUGGUGAAGUAGUAUCUCAACUAGAUACCAAUUACCGCCUCAAGCCAAUUAGAUUGUUUACAGGUACAUUUUUAUCCGCGUUAAAUGGGCCUGGUUUUAGCAUCACUAUUUUGGUUUUGCCAAAGAACGAAUUAAUUUCGCCGAAAAUCAUAGAAUGGUUGGACGCCCCCACAGACGCCUUAGGAUGGACGAGCAGCAUCUCGUCGGAGACUUGGCGAAUUUCUCCAUGCCCCUCCGAUGCUAGAAGUUCUGAACCAGCGGCUUUGGAGCCUUUAGAAAAAUCUUACGACGUCCCAAAUUUUGCUUGUGACGGCGUGCUCUUUACGAGUAUCGUCAAAUCUAUCCAUGCUUCACUAACAGAAGCCGAACCUGAGAUAACGAGAAUGGAUACCAUAAUGGGCGACGGCGACUGCGGCACAACGCUCCUCGACGGUUCUAAUGCUGUAGUGACGGCACUAGAUGAUGGAAGGGUGAAAGUAGACAGCAUUUCCCAAGGCAUGAUGGAAGUGGCUAAUGCAAUAUCUCGUCAUAUGGGCGGCACAUCUGGAGCUCUGUAUGCUGUGUUCUUUACAGCUCUUGCAUCCGCUAUUUGUGCCGAGCACGGGAGGCACACCAUGGUCACAGCCACCGACCUCGCUCAAGCUGCGAAAACGGCUUUGGGUAAGUUGAAACAAGUUACUGCGGCAAGGGAAGGGGAUAGGACCAUGAUGGAUGCGCUUAUCCCGUUUGUGGAGACCCUAGAGGUAGCAUUUUUAGACGAUAAAGCACCUCUAGAGGCUUUUGGGCAUGCAGUAGCGGUGGCGAAUGUUGGAUGUGAAAGUACGAGCAAAUUGAAGCCUCGAUUUGGCCGUAGCACUUACGUUUUGGCGGAGGGCGUAAAUGAUGCAACCCAGGAUAUUCCGGAUCCUGGCGCUUGUGGGGUGGUCGCAAUUGUUACCGGAGUCUUCGAGGCAUUGAAGGUUCAUUACAGUAGUUAA